GUUUUGCAUGUUCGUUGAGAUUGGUUAGUUGGAGGGGAGGUGUGUGUCCUAGUGUCGAUCUGGAGGGGGCGCUGACUGUUGGGUUAAGGAUGGUGCAGCGGCCGUGCAGGCGGCGGCUGCCUGGGCUGUGAGCGGGGGCGCCGGCCGGCAUGGGGCGGUGGCGGAGUCUGCUCCGGGCGCUUGGCUGUUUCCUUCUCUUGCUGCUGCUGCCGCCGCCGCCGUUCCUUGGGGCCGGGGCUGCUGGGGAUCGCCCACUGCAAGUGCUACACGGCUGCUUAUUUGACAGGAGACUGUGCUCCCAACAAGAGGUCUGUGUGCAAGAUGGAUUGUUUGGUCAGUGCCAGGAAAGUUCCCUGCGAGAGAAGCCCUACUUCCAGGUUACAGCCUCUGUGCUCCAGCAUCUGCAGGAUGUGCUCCGGCACCUUAUGGCACAAGGUUUAUCGUGGCAGGAUGACCUUACACAGCACGUUAUCUCUCAUGAGAUGGAGCGCAUCCCCAGACUUCACCUUCCACCUCUGUGGGAGUCUGUGGCUGAGGACAGGUUCCCACCUAGCCACCUGUCUCACAGGAGAUCCUCUUUGCCAGCAGAGCCUGCCCCCCUCCAGAUGGGUCACCAGCCCCCUCUCCCUUCAACCCUCCUGCAGAGGUACCUGGAGCUGCUCUUGGCCUCUCAACCUGAGCUAGGUUACAAGGAGCCAUUCCUAUCCUCUCACCUGCAUCACCAGUUCAGCUACCCAGAUGGCACCUUCCGGGACAACACUAACACUCACAACUCUGAGCAUCCUGUUCUCCUGGACCGAGCUGCUGUUGCCAAGGCCAUGUUUGGUGCCAGCACUGCUCCUUCCUAUAGGGGGCAGCAGGGACUGGAUGGAGGCCAACUUUUCCAAGACCUGGGAGCGCUGUACCUGACACAAGAGCAGGCAGGGAAAUCCAGAACCAUGGCUCAGCACAAGCACAAUUUCAGGACAGAUGGCCCCCUUCAGGACUACGGCGACAGCUCUGAAGAUGGAGGGGAGCCCCAGGCAGCCCUGACAGAGCCAGAUAGAGCAAUAGAGAGGCUUACAGCAGUGCUUGCCAGCUAUGGGAUCAGACCGCAGGACCUUACUCCCCAGCAUCUCAGCUCCCUCGUGGGUCUUCUCCGGCUCCUUCGGAGUCCAGCUGGUGGGCUUGGACCAGAGACUGCAGAAUCUAAACGGGUGACGGAAGCUGAAAUGCAGCACGGGGAGGAGCUGGAGCCGCCACCCUCUCCAGAGAGCUAUGUUAGUGCUGUGCCCACAGAGGGGCAGGUGCAGGCACAGGGGGAGACGCUUGGCCCAACCAAGGCCAAACCAGUCAUGAUAACGGCUUCCCCAGAACAACCUGAGCCCCUGCGCAUUGGUGAGGGGGACACAACUGGCCCCAAGAGGCAGGUGGUGGUGAAGAAGAGCCACACAGCGUUAGGGGGACCUGGCAGGGACGAGGAGCAGACAGGGACGGCGCUGGCUGCUGAGGAAUAUGGCUACAUUGUCACCGACCAGAAGCCAUUGGGUCUUGCUGCUGGCAUCCGGCUCCUGGAGAUCCUGGCUGAGCAUGUGCACUUGUCUACUGCCAGCUUCAUCAACAUCAGUGUUGUGGGCCCAGCUCUCACCUUCCGCAUCCGUCAAAACCACCAAAACCUGUCACUGGGUGAUGUGGCCAACAGGGCUGCACUGAUGAAACCACAGCUGGAGACGGAAGUGGGAGUGAAGAUCCUACAGACAGGUGUGGGACAGCGCAAUGAGGCUGCGACAUACCCACACCCGACACACUUUGGCGAUACCUUCCGCUCCGUGCUCCUCACCUUUGUCUUACUGGCCUGCGUGGCUGGCAUUGUGAUUGCUGCUGCGGUGGUCUUCUGCCUGCGCCAGCAUGCCAAGCAACGCGAGAAGGAGCGGCUGGCUGGGCUGGGGCCUGAGGGAGCAGCUGACAGCAGCUUUGAAUACCAGGAGCUCUGUCGGCAGCACAUGGCUGCCAAGUCGCUGUUUGGCCGUGCAGAAGCUCCCCCACCCCCGGCUCCUGCUGAGAACUCCCGGGUCAGCAGUGUCUCCUCACAGUUCAGCGAUGCACCCCAGGCCAGCCCCAGCUCUCAUAGCAGCACACCAUCCUGGUGUGAGGAGCCUGUGCAAUCCAACAUGGACAUCUCUACCGGGCACAUGAUUCUGACAUACAUGGAGGACCACCUGCGCAACCGCGAUAGGUUAGCCAAGGAGUGGCAAGCACUGUGUGCAUACCAGGCAGAGCCUAAUACCUGUGAUGUUGCCCAGCGUGAAGCAAACGUCAAGAAAAACCGCAACCCGGAUUAUGUGCCCUAUGAUCAUGCCUGCAUCAAGCUGAAAGCAGAGAGUAAUCCAUCCCGAAGUGACUUCAUCAAUGCCAGCCCUAUCAUUGACCAUGAUCCACGGAUGCCAGCAUACAUUGCCACGCAGGGGCCACUGUCUCACACCAUCGCUGACUUCUGGCAGAUGGUGUGGGAGAAUGGCUGCACAGUCAUUGUAAUGCUGAGCCCUCUAGUGGAGGAUGGAGUCAAGCAGUGUGACCGCUACUGGCCCGAUGAGGGCUCUUCACUCUACCACAUCUAUGAGGUGAACCUUGUCUCUGAACACAUCUGGUGUGAGGAUUUCCUGGUGCGCAGCUUCUACCUGAAGAAUGUCCAGUCUCAGGAGACACGAACUCUGACACAGUUUCACUUCCUGAGCUGGCCUGCAGAGGGCAUCCCCACCACCACACGACCUCUCCUUGACUUCCGCAGGAAGGUGAACAAGUGCUACCGGGGCCGCUCAUGCCCAAUCGUUGUACACUGCAGUGAUGGUGCUGGAAGGACUGGGACGUAUAUCCUCAUCGACAUGGUUCUGAACCGAAUGGCCAAAGGUGUGAAGGAGAUCGAUAUUGCAGCCACCCUGGAGCAUGUGAGAGAUCAGCGGCCUGGCAUGGUGCAGACGAAGGACCAGUUUGAGUUUGCACUGACAGCUGUGGCGGAGGAAGUGAAUGCCAUCCUGAAGGCGCUGCCACAAUGAUGCCCCUACUCAGCAUACCCUAGCUUUGUGACUCCUCAACUUGACCCUCUGCUGUACCGUGUCCUUGCCUGAGAUGUUCUUCCUUCACAAAGUCCAUUUCCAUGUUGCUGGGCGUGGCUGCAUUUAAGCUAUCUGUGGAAAUACCGGUCCCUGACAUUCCUGCCCAGCCCUCUUUAUCCUCAUGAUGCUGUUUAGUUUUAUCCAGCCCGUGUUCUUCUAGAGCAGGGGUAAAGUUGUGCCCAUUAGGUGUUGCUGGACUGCACCUCCCUUGAGCCCCAGCUAGCAUUGUCAGUUGUAGUCCAGCAACAGCUGGAAGGUGUAUUAACUGCCUUUGCUCUGGCAUUGGCCCUUUGUUAAGGAGAAGUGGGUCCUUUUCUACUUCAGCAUCUCCUGGAGGCUAGUCUGUGGCCUAGUAAACAUGGCUGGAUGGGCCGAAGAGCAAUAUGGGUGCUGUAAUUGAAUACAGAGCUAGGGACCUUUUUAGGCUCAUUGGAAAACCCUUGCCUUCAGAGCACCUGCUUUGUAUGACUGUUGUAGAUGGGUCUGCUUCUACAAAGAUGAGGGGUGUGGACUUUUGACACCUGUGGGUCCAUGCGUGCUCUUUAACUGCAAAGAAUGCUGCUUCAUCCCUGUGCCGUAACUAGGGGCAAUAUUCACAUCAAGGCAGUACUUUGAAGUCCAUCUUAUGAAGCCGUGUAGUUCUAAUCUCCCUUCCAUUUUUGGUCUCCUUUAACCAUCUCACCACCCCUCUCUUCUAAAUAGUCUCAAAGGGUGCCGGAAUCUGUGCCACAUUUGGGGAGAAAGAACAUAGUAAUGCUUCUACCCAAAUCACUGCUCCCUCUUCUUAUUUACAGCCAAGCUUAGCCACAGUAUUGCCCUCCCUUUCCAAAAGGGAGGAAGGGUGCCCCUCUGGGGGAGAUGGACCUACACCUGUUCCUCCCCACUGUUAUUUCCCCUUUCUGUCCAUGAUAUGUUACUUGCACCAAGAGACAUUUCUAGAGAAUCUAAUUUUGUAUUUGAUGUGAAUAAAGUUUUUGUGUCGCGUUUGU